GUGUUUCUUUCUGCGGGACUGUCAUACAAUGGGCGCCUCCAUACUGUAGGUUACGUAAAGGUCGACAUUACCUAUAUAACCCCUAUCGUUUCGGUAAUUCCAGCGACUACAUAUAAUUGUGUCACAUAUAUUUCAGUAAACAGUCAUGGCGAGUCUCUCCCGACUUUCGCCUGUGAUUGCACCAUCAUUAGCUCGGAACCAAACAUGGGCGCCGGUCACUGUGUUUUUUAGGAAUAAUAGUACAGCUCAAAAACCAACCCCAAAGGUAGAGAAGACAAAGUUUGGUCCAUUGAGUGAUGAAGACAGAAUUUUUACAAACUUGUAUGGGAGACAUGAUUGGCGCCUUAAUGGGGCAUUAAGCAGAGGAGACUGGUACAAAACUAAAGAGAUUCUCCUCAAAGGCCACGAUUGGAUUCUGAAGGAGAUUACUACAUCUGGUCUUCGUGGUCGUGGUGGCGCUGGCUUUCCAACAGGCAUGAAAUGGGGCUUCAUGAAUAAACCUUCUGAUGGCAGGCCCAAGUAUCUGGUGGUCAAUGCUGACGAGGGUGAACCUGGCACCUGUAAAGAUCGUGAGAUUAUACGACAUGAUCCCCACAAGUUGAUUGAAGGCUGUCUGGUUGCUGGCCGGGCUAUGCAUGCUUGUGCUGCCUAUAUCUACAUUCGUGGAGAGUUCUACAAUGAGGCUUGCAGUUUGCAGGUGGCUAUAAAAGAGGCAUACGAAGCAGGCCUCAUUGGGCGGAAUGCUUGUGGCUCUUGCUAUGACUUUGAUGUUUUUGUGCACCGUGGAGCUGGGGCUUAUAUUUGUGGAGAGAGACAGUAAGCACUGAUUGAGUCGAUUGAAGGAAAGCAGGGAAAGCCCCGUCUGAAGCCACCCUUCCCUGCUGACAUCGGUGUCUUUGGCUGCCCCACCACUGUGUCAAAUGUCGAGACUGUGGCAGUUGCACCAACCAUCUGUCGGCGGGGAGGAGAAUGGUUUGCCAGUUUUGGACGUGAACGUAACAGGGGCACAAAGCUGUUCAACAUAUCAGGCCAUGUUGUCAACCCAACCACUGUUGAAGAGGAAAUGUCAAUACCUCUGCGAGAACUCAUUGAAAGACAUUCAGGUGGUGUCAUUGGAGGCUGGGAUAAUCUGCUGGCUGUUAUUCCUGGUGGCUCCUCCACUCCACUAAUCCCCAAGAGUGUAUGUGAUGAUGUGCUCAUGGACUUCGAUGGGCUUGUUCAGGCCCAAACUGCCCUGGGAACAGCAGCUGUCAUUGUCAUGAACAAAGAUGCUGAUGUUGUGCGCUGCAUUUCACGACUUAUUGACUUCUACAAGCAUGAAAGUUGUGGCCAGUGUACACCUUGUCGCGAAGGAGUGACCUGGAUGAUGAAGAUCAUGCAAAGAUUUACCAGUGGUAAUGCCCGAAAGGACGAGAUUGAUAUGCUGUUUGAAUUGAGCAAGCAGAUUGAAGGACACACCAUCUGUGCUCUUGGUGACGGAGCUGCCUGGCCUGUUCAGGGACUUAUUCGUCACUUCCGUCCAGAGCUUGAACGUCGCAUGGAGGAGUACAAUAAGCCGAAGGCAGUUCAGACAAAUUAAGUGACUCCUAGUUUUGCCUAACCUUGUUACUGUUGGACUGUUUGUUUUAUUUAAUAAGACACCAUUCAAAAAAUUUCAUAAAAUCUUAUAUGUGUGUGCAUCUGGACAUCAGAAAAACUGGUAAUAAAAUCAAGAAAAACAGCAAAAAUGAUUUCUCCAAAAAUUCUACAUGUUCUGUGGCAUUUGGGGGUUUAUGUAUAAAUUGUAGUGGUAAGAAUGGGUGGAAUUUGCCAGGUGUUUCUGUAUACUGCGUUUAAUAAUUCCUGGUUCACAUUCAAGGCAUUUGAUGCAGUGCUACACUAUUCACAGACAACUUUCAUUAAAUGAGAAGUACUUCAUAUAUGGCCGAAAAGAACAAGCAUGAAAUAACUUCUCAUUUUUGACAAAUUUUUAAUUUAUCCAGGUAUGCACAUGCAUUCAGAUGAAAUGAAAAUGAAUACAUCAUUAGUAACCGAACUGCUCAUUAUAAAAAAAAUUAAAGAAAACUGCAGACCAAUAGUUUAGCACGCAUUAACACCACCUUGAGACACUUGCCUUUUACUGUUGAAAGAAAUGUUCUUUAACGGCGUAGGGGUGAGGGUCAGAUGCCAGGGGAGAAUAAUCUGUUUGGAAAGAAUGAGGAUAACUGCUAAGCCAUAAGAUAUUUUUAGUGGAAAAUCAGGUUUAUACUUGUAUUCUUGCAUUGUAAAUAAAGGUGUACAGGAACCA